AUGCCAACGCCCAAUCCCCUUCCUUCCUUUCGACAUCGGGCGUUGUCAUUGUCGACUCUCAAUGUCCCAAGACGCUAUCACAUCCCUAUUAUACUUCUUCGAGCGCUGAGCUUGAUACCGUCACUUUUUGGUUUAUUUCGCAAUAUCGGAUGCGCAUGGAGAGUCCCACUGCGUGAUGCUGGUGGAGCUAUCGUUCUUCGCAGUACAGAAUCAGAUUAUUGGGUGGCUACAUUAUGGUGCAUGUUAGCUGGCUACUGGAGCUGGAUUCUGACGACAAGUAUGAUGCGUAGGUGGCUUUACCAUUAUGAGUUGAGCAAUGCCAUCGUUCGAUUGGUCACUCUCACUGCCAUCAAUUGGUCCAUCUCUGCCUUCAUAAAUUCACACUAUGGUCCUGACGCGCCAAUAUGGACCUGGAUGACCAUUUGCUUCAUCCUUCUAGUAUCCAACGUACUGAAAAUUGUACUUGCCUCCAGUCCAAAGUAUAAUAGAAAGGUCGAGGACGUUCAAGAACCACGAAUUAAUCACAAAUCGACCGUCGUCAAAGUUUUGAUUCUUCCACUAUUUGUGGUGAUCUUGCUGACCAUGUUUUCUUCCAUGAUUCAAAUCGAUCGUCUGCGCUAUACCUCCAGCCAACUCAUGAAGCAAGAGUUCAAGCUUUCAACUUCUACAGAUUUGGCGGAUUUCGGUCAGUCUGCCGUCAAAGUCAUGGUGGUCGUUCUUUCUUCUUGGACUCCAAAAGGUUUCGAAAAGCGACAGGUGUUUCGAAACACAACAUUAAAGUUGAUGCCCGGAAACACUGAUCGCAUCGCUUUCACCUACAGAUUCAUUCUUGGCGAAGCCCCUUCAGCUAAAGCCUCAUCCCUCAUGGGUCCCAGCAUUACAAGGGAGAACGAUAUAUACAAUGAUAUUCUCAUCGUUCCUUCAUCUGAUCUGUACAACGAUUUGAGUCGCAAAGUAUAUAAGGCUUUGGAGUGGACAAAUGACUACAAUUUCGACUUUCUAGUAAAGACCGAUGACGAUAUCUUUGUUCGAUGGGACACCAUUAGUCAGGAACUGGCAACGCUCGGACCUCAGCGCUUCUAUUGGCGUGGUCUUGGAUAUUGGAACAUUCCCCCUAUCAAAAACAGCGAGAACAAAAAUGCUGCCUUUGAUUACCAGCUACCCAUGUUUCCUCCUUUCACUGCUGGUGCUUUGUACAUCUUGUCAAAGGACGUAGUGAACGCUAUAGUCGGAACUCCUGGGCCCAGGCUAUAUACCAAGAACGAAGAUCAGAAUCUGGGCAUCUGGCUGUUCCCUUAUAAUGUCAAACCAAUCCACGACCGUAGAAUUCAACAAGCUGAUGUUUGUGAAGAUGAUAUGAUUGCCAAACAUUUUGGAGAUAGCUACGAGAUUGGCGGCUCCAUGUACGACAUGUUGAACAACAUUGAAAACAACAAGAGACUUUGUUCCGGAUUCAAAACCAACUUGUGUGCAUUAUGCUACCCUUGCCGUGGAAAAGCCAAUCAUUGGAAAGAUUGGAACUUCGACUGUGACGAAACGAAAGGUGUCACUUUACUUCAUCAGCCUGAGAUGACCUUGGUAACCGAAACCGUCAAGCAAGUGAAGGAUAAGACAGAAGUUUCUGUCCUGGGUAAAAACGAUGAUUGGAUCGUAAAAGGACUUUUGACCCAAUUGACCUCCACCUAUUCUGAAACGGAUAAUUGGCACUUGCUUCAUUGGGUCUGCUGGACGACUGACCCUUCCACAUUCACCGAUCGUCACUGGAGAACAUUGGAAUUGAUCUGGAUCCACCAACCUCGAGCCGUUGUCUUCAUGCUGACAACAACACUUCCCGAUAGCUUUUUCGAAGAAUACAAACGUAACGGAUACAACAUUCAUGUGGUCCGCUUUAGCAAGGACUUGCUACUCAACUACAGAUGGUACUUGGGCCCUGACUCUCACUCCUGGUUGACAGACUGGGACAAGUGGGAAAAAGGUCCUUACUUCUUCUCCCAUUUGACGGACUACAUGCGAUACCUGUUGAUUUACAAGUAUGGUGGUACUUACAUGGACAUGGACGCUUUAUGGAUCCGCUCUCCUCCUGAUGAUAACCUCGAGUUCAUCGGUGCAGACUAUGCCACCCUCAAAUCUGAUGCAGACUGGACCUUAGAUACCGAUGGUAUGUACCUUGCUCCUGGAGUCAUGAGAUUCCGAAAAGGCUGGACUGCAUUUAAGGAUAUCGCCGAAGCAGCGUUUUCGCCGUCAUACAAUCCAGCAUGCUUCAACUGCGUUGGACCACGUGCGAUCACCAUCUAUGUAAAGCACAACCGAAAGUCUAUGGAAGCUGCAGGAUUUACCAUUGUUCCCAACAAUGUUCUCUAUCCCGUUAAUUAUGUGGAAGUCCAUCGAUUGCUCGAAAGUGAUGCAUUAGCGGAACAUGAGCUUCGAUAUAACAUUAUGGUCAAGAGCUGGAGUAUUCAUCUGUUUGGCAAGAUGACCAAUCAUCUACCGGUUCAAAGUGGUAGUGUCGUUGACCUGGUCUUCAAGAAGUUUGAUCUGGACAUUCCUCAUACCGAUACAACAACGCAUAACAUUAUUAGCUCAACACGACAGAUGCAAACACCGUUCACGCUAGUGGGUCCCAAGAACUAUAUUUAUCGCACUUCAAGUGCUUCCGAUAAACUAGGAAUUCCAAUUUCGGAUAGCCUACAGCAAAUACCUGGCACUUUCCAAGGGCUCGAUGUCAUUUAUGUACGAGGAGGACCAGCCAAAAGUAGAUUGGUUUCCAUAAAACUCUCCGUCACCAGUGGUAAACUUCGUAUCGGUGCUGCUCAUGGAUCAGACUUCGCAGAGUCAACAUUGGAGUUACGUGAAGUUACCAAGAAAGACGUCAAUGCUUUAUUGAACAGCAUAAUGUAUACACCAAGCACUAUUUUGGCUGCCAAUGGUGGCCGUGAUAGCCUUCAGAUUGCCAUUGAAUACGGCGACGAUGCGGAACACAUUAGCGCAAGCAUUGAAGUCAAGAUAUACGUUUCUGAAGUUGAUGGCGCAACUUUCUAA